AUGACUUCCAUACUCUGUUACAUGACGCUGUUGUUGUGCGCUGUGGCCUUAAGUGAAGGGUGCUCUUGCGCUGAGCCGGUACCACCAUCAGACUGGAAAGGAAAUGCUUAUGAGUACUGGAACAAACAACGAUUAUGCGCUGCAGACUACGCUAUCAAAGGCAAGGUUUUGGAAAGAUCGGAUGACCCUUUGUCGGUUGGCUCAGUGAUCUACAAAAUCAAAGUUACGCAAUCCUUUAUAGGACCGUUUGACGAAAAAGAAAUUGUUGAGCUCAAAACCAAGGCCGAUGAAGCGCAGUGUGGUGUACACCUUAACCUCGAAGGAACACAAAACAUUUACCUCCUGACCGGUGGAAACAGCAAUGGUCAAUUGGAAAUCGAGCUGUGCGGCUGGUAUGAGCCAUGGAAAGAUGAUACCAGGGAGAAAAUUCGCAAAGCCUUGAAGAAAUGCUAA